AUGGACACAACUGCUCCUCAUCCUUGUCCUCCUCCCACUCCUCCUGGGCCAAUCCAGUUCACUUCUAUAACAUCAGACACCAUCUCCUUUGUCUGGGGCCCUGCUGAUCCACACCAUACAUACAAAGUUACCUGCAAAGGUGGAGGAGCACAAGGAAGUGAAACUCUCAAGGGUUUGAGAACUUCAUUCAGUUUCCUGCUACCUGGAGAGAAGUAUGAUUUCACUGUUGUCACCAUUUCAGAGGAUGGGCAGCAGAGUCAAUGUGUAUCAGCAAGCACAUACACAGAGGUACCUGUGCCAUUAAACGUGAGGGUAGAGAUGGAUGGAAACUCUGCAAUAGUGAUGUGGGACAAACCAAAUGAACUCCAUGCGCCCACAUAUGUGGUAUCACUUGUUGAGGGCGGAGGAGAUGGGAGGUGUUCCCGUACCAUAGUAACACAAAACACAGAACUCACUGUCCCUGAUCUCGAUCCUGAUGUGAAUUACGCUGUUGGAGUUGCUGUGGUACUUGAAAAUGGCAUUCAGAGCAAAGCUGUCACUAAACUUGCAUUCAUAGUUUCAGCUCCACAAGACCUCGAAGUGUACUCAGUGACUGCGACAUCUGCUAAGCUGAAAUGGCAGUGUCAAAUAAAGCAGCCAGCACCCAGCUUUCUGGUCUCCUACCACAGGGAUGUGAAUUACCCAGGGACUGACACUGUACGUUCAUGCAACACAACGAUCUCGCGGCUCUGCCCAGGUUCUUUUUACACAGUCAGUGUCAUCACUCUUUUGCCACAUGGUGGAAAGAGUCCGCCCUCUUCAAAAACCUUCCAAACAACUGUCCCCCACCCACAGAAGCCAAGAGUGGUCUCAGUGACCACAAGAUCAGCCAUGAUCGAAUGGCAGUCACCACAUGAACUGAAGGAUAUAGAACAUUCUUUCAAAGUCCAAGUUGAAGGCUCUCAAGACACCAUGCCUAGAAAUGCAUGCAACAUAGACAUAUCACACCUGCAGCCAGACACAAAAUAUAUCGUUAAGAUCUGUACUGUGCUUAGAGGUCAGCACAGCAAAAAUGAGACGGUGACCGUGAAAACUGAGAUUGAGAGGAUUACAUUUGCCACCCAAGUGAUCGGCAACACCCAGAAUAAUCAUUGUGAAUUGGAAGGUUACUUGAUCAACCAAGGUUUCACAAAAGCUGAAAGUCACCAUUAUGCUGACUUCAGUCUUGCUUUCUGCGUGAUUGUCUCUCGUGUGGGAACUGACAUGGAAGCUGCACUCAAAGAAAUCACAGACACUAAACCUACUCUUCUGGUGGUAAUGCACCACACCUUCGAUCCUGAUUACGUGAUACCAGACACCAGCAGAUUUGCGAAGGGCAGAGACAUCACUGUGGUUGAUGUCUUGUUCCAUGAGGACAAAGGCAUACUGAAAUCCCAGAAGAAUCUAGAGGCAAAGCGUAAAAUGCUGGAUAUGGCCAAGUCUGUUCCUCCUAGAAAGGUCGGUACUCAACACAGCAUGAGCAUGACAAGGCCUACUGCUCAUGGACGUAGCACAUCAUAUCACAUAACUGGAGCUGAAGGUGGAGCACAGGCAGUCUCUCAAAGUUCUAUGCAACACUCAUCUACUAAGACCCAAAGCUCAGAACACAACCUUGAAAUAGCAUUGCCAUCAGAUGUGCAGAGUUCAAGGACUGAAGUCUCUACAUAUUCAACCAAGUCUUCUUCAAAUGGAACAGGAAAGGUCACGUAUUCUACUGUUGUGUCGGGUAACAGCUUGGGUAUUCAUGAAGACAUUCGAGCUUUUAUCGAGAGAAAAACAUCACUUACUGAUGUUCCAUCCAAGGAGCAGUGUGACUUCAUGCUGGUGUUCUGUCCCAUAGUGUCCUCUGUAAAGCUGGACAUGGAAAGGGCCUGCAGACAUAUUCCAGAGAGUAAAGCCGCCAUCUUGGUGGUGAUGCACCACACCUUUGAUCCGGAUCAUGUGCCCCAGGAGGGCAGUGGGUAUCCCAAGAGGGGAAACCUGCUGGUGGUGCAUUGCUUGUUCCAUGAAGAUCAAAGAUUUCUGAAAUGUCUCCGAAAUACUGAAGCGAUUGACAGCAUCAUUACGUGGCUCCAUGAGAAAUUUCCAAGAUGUGUGAUCAGUACAGGUCAAAGUGCAUCCACGGCAGGUAGGGACUUCAUGACGCUUGAACUCUAUCAGGUCCUGGUGGAAUUCAGUAAGUCAGUGAACAAGAAUUGUUGCCUCAAGUGA